AGGAAAUUGACGAACACGUGACCCGGCCGGGCAGACGUAGCUGCGUACGGACUUGGAAUCUCUGGCUUGAGAGUGAUCAUGUUUCUCCAGUAUUACCUCAACGAGGAAGGAGAUCGGGUCUAUACGCUGAAGAAAUUUGAUCCGAUGGGACAACAGACCUGCUCAGCCCAUCCUGCUCGGUUCUCCCCAGAUGACAAAUACUCCCGACACCGAAUCACCAUCAAGAAACGCUUCAAGGUGCUCAUGACCCAGCAACCGCGCCCUGUCCUCUGAAAGUCCGUUAAACUGAUGUCUCUUCUGCUGCCUGUUAACCCUCAGAGACUCCAUAACCAAACUCUUCAAUCCGUGAGCCCUGAUACCUUUUUGCCAGCCAUACUCUGUGGCAUCCAGUGUCAUCAUGGCGACUGAUCAUGCUUGUGUGAGCCUGUCAUGGUGGCAUCACCCGUAAAGGGAGCAUGUUUGACUUUUCUCAUAUUUUAAAUUACUGCGAGAUUAUUAAAGAUAAAAUUAUUCGAAAGA